AGUGAUUACGUAAUCUAUUUUGGUAUGACUUGCAUGUGGAAAGCAAGUAACUAUGUUUAGACAUCUGUAAUAUUACGUGGGUUGUGUUUUGAGAAGCCUUUGCUUCUAGGAAACCUUUAGAUUAUAUAUGUGCUAAACUGUUGUAAAGUUGUAGACGAGUGUGUGAAAUAUCAUAAAUUUUUUUUACAAAACUACAGUAUUCGUCACUGUCAAUUUCAUCAGAGAGACACGUUUGGUCUUUCCACCUGAUGAACCUACUCCGUCGAGAGGUGCUUCCGGUGAAGUUCUCCAGAGGUUAGCCGACGAAUAGAGAGUUGAAGUCAAGAAAAACGAGAUUCAGUGUUCGAUUUGUAUUGAGGAUUUGUCCAAGAGCCAUGCAAAAAUCAUUGAGAUGCCUAAGUGUUUGCAUAGGUUUCAUCAAGAUUGUCUCUUCGAGUGGCUUGGUCGGCAAAACUCAUGUCCCUUGUGCCGGAGUGUUCCUUACGGCUUGGAUCAAGAAACAGAGUCUUAGAAAAGAUAUCAGAUUAGGGUUUGGAGUUUAGAGAUCGGCUUAGGGUUUUUGAAUGAUUUCUCACAUUAAUUGGGUAUAUGAUUGGAAAUUUUGUAACUUUCUAGUAUAAAAGUUGAAAUAUUUGUUCUAAUACCUCUCUUGAUCUUAUUGCAGUGUAACAUAUAUGUUACAUGUAACUGAAAGUACAUAUUGGACUUGUUGGUUCUUUUUCACUACUUUCAUAGUCUUACAUUUUCAUCCAUCAUUGUUGCACUCAUACUGUGUACUGAAAAUUUCAUACAUACAUCUUCAAUCAAUAGUCCCUUUCUCUGAUCAGUAAGCAUAUGAUCAGAUUCCUCAUAUACUACUCUAGCUAGUAAUCAUUGAUCCUCUGUGAAACAAACAUCCUCCAGCUGCAAAACAUUAAUCAAAAAAAGGUUUCAGAGCUAUUGCCGGAUUAACAAAUAUGGAAAAAAAGGUUCUAACUGAAACAGAGAACAGACCAGAAGGUUCAUUGCCAUCCAUCAUCUCUGAAGAACCUGCAGUCACUAACAAAUUUCAUACUUUGGUAGAAGAGAACCCUAUGUCAUAGAAAACUCAAGUUCAGCAUCAACGGUCUGAUCUCAGAAACCGAGCCGGUUACAAAACAUUAGUUUUUUUAGAUUUAAUUCCAAACCAAGCCUGUUACCAAGCAAAUCAACUGUCGGUUAACCGCUAAACCAUAACAAACCGAGCUGGUUAGCAAACAUUUACUUUUAGAUUUAAUUCCGGUACAAUAAACCCCAAAUUGUGAAAAAGGAAACUACAAAUCAACGGUCGGAUCAAUAUAGAGUUUUAGAAAAAAGGAAAUAAAACAUCCCUCUCUGUCUAUAUAUAUAUGAUUCGAAAUCGAUUCUGGUAUCUCUUUCUCUGGUUAAGAUAAGCAAUCUUCAUCUUUAUCACAUCUGAAAUUAGGAUUUGCGUCCUUCUUCCUUUUUUCUGCGGCCAUGGAGACAGAAACUAAUGACACAGUCGAAGUCACCACGUUGGUGUCUAACCUAGCUCAAAACAUGGAGUCUACGAACACAGUCUUGAUCCGUCUACACGAACUGAUCCUCGAAGACGAAAGUGGAGUGGCAACACAUUUAGGAUCAUAUCGCAUCUGCUAUAAGCCACGUGACGGCUUCACUGCAAGUGAUCUCUCUCAGUUCCUUCACGAACAAGAGGUUCCUCAAUCUCGACAAUUAGGUGAAGUAAUCGACGGUGAGAUCAAUCAUUCACUUGCUAUUGAUAUUUCUCUUCGAGAACCUGUUUUUGUAACAGUCAAUAUCAAUUUCAUCCAAGACAGGCGACCUAAGGAUCUGAAAGAACGUUCAAUAUCAGUUAUCAAGAGAUUACUGAAAGAACAGAGAAUCGAACCGAUGGAUCUGAAAGAAACAAUUGAUAUUCAGUGUUCGAUUUGUAUUGAAGAUUUUUCGGUCAGUCACGAAAACAUCAUCUGGAUGCCUCAAUGCAAACAUGUGUUCCAUCAAGGUUGUCUCUUUGAAUGGCUUAGUCGGCAAAACUCGUGUCCCUUGUGUCGGAGUACUGUUCCUAUGGAAGAUCAAGAAGCAGAGAAUCAAAUAAUGGAUUGUUCAUAGACUAGAAGUUUCAGGGUUUUGAAUAUUUCGUUUGACAUUGACCUUUUUUUAGAUAAUUUUUUACUUGCAGUUAUUCAUCAGAAGCAUAACUUUGUUUAUGGAUUAAAUUCUGAAUAAGAUAAAAAAAUCUUCAUUUUUUUACUUGAAAACAACAGGUUACUACUUCGUUGUAUAAUGUGCAUAUUGAUGGCUUGUUGACUCUUAUCUCUACUUUCAUGUUUCUGCAGUUUGAUCUUCCUGUUUGAUGCAUUUGUCUCUUGAGAAUUUUUCAUUAUUAUAUUGCCUUGCCUGCAUUUGAAUUGGAUACUGCAGAUUCCAUACAACAUCUUCUGAUCCACGAUCGCUUGUUCUGAUCCUCAGCGACGAUCAUAUGUUCUUCUUAACAGAUGAGAUAUGCCUAGAGCUCAGUUUUGCUUGUUUAUCUUUAACAAAAACAUUCUUCAGCUGCAAAAAGUUAAAAGAUAAGAAAGGUUCUGACUGAAACAGAACAGACAUCAGACAUGAAGCUUCAAACUUUACAUCAUCACUGAAGAAAUCUACAGCCACAUCUUUUGGUAUAAAAUUUGAAUUUUUUCUUCAGUUGUAGUAAUAUAACGUUGUUAUGGAAAAAACCUUUCUUUAUGAAUUUCCCAACAUAUGAAGUGGUGUAGCCAAUAAAGAUUGAGACAGAGAUAUAUAUAUUUUCUUUGUUAAAAUAUAAUGAAGAGGAUGAACUGCAACAACAACUAAAUAGUAUCAUAAAAACUGAGUGAGUGACCUGAGACCACCAUUAACGCGAGAUCUUAGGAGAGGUGCUUAGAUUAUUUUGUAAUUAAAGAAAAAGAAAAAUGACAAUUAUCUGAAGCAGCGACGCUUAAUUAGGAGAAGGAAGCGCCGGGUCUUAAGGGACACGUGUUACAAUUAGAGAGAGUUUGGUCUGAAACUCCUUUCUCUCUCUCAACGAGCAAAGAGAUGAUUCACUACUCCUCUUCUUCUUCUCGGUUGAUCUCCUCCUCAGCAACACCAAAGCGUCUCUCUUUUCUUCUUCUCCAUAUUCUUUAUGUUUCAUUCUUUCUUAAAUCGAAAAACCCUUCAAUUAUAAUUGGAUCUGUUCUUCAAGAAGAGGAUAAAAGUCUGUAUCUUUUCGCAGUGAAUCCUUCUUCAGCAACAGGGUCUUGGAGUUUUCUACGAAAUUUGAUUUGGGUUUUCGUUUUUUAGGUUGAAUUGGCAAAAAGGGCCCAUCUUGUGUUCGAUGAUAUUCCCCAGAGAGAAAAGGCGAAGACUUUUUUGUAUUUGGGAUUUUUGUGUUGUUUUGUGGGAGGGAAUAGAGAGAGAUGGCAGGUGAAGAUUGGAUAGAGCUCAAGUUUAAAUUCGCUGAUGGCCUAAAGACUCAGAAAACAUUCCUAAGACUCUAAAUGAUGUGAAGCUCAUCAAUGCCGGGAAGAUACUAGACAACAAUAGGACACUGGCUGAAUCAACGCUUCCCGUUGGCGAACUUCCCGGAAUGGUCAUCACUAUGCAUGUUGUUCUUCGCCCUCCUACUUUAGACAAAAAGAGCCGUAAAUGUUUCUUUGCCUUCCUCCUAUGCUAAUAUAAAAGCAGGCUUCCUUUGAUUCUCUAGUUGCUUGUGAUUAUGGUAUUCAGAUUCCAAACUUCCAUGUUUUGCAAAUGGUUUUAUACAUAUAUUCCUAUAAAUUUUAUCUUAAAUAAAACAAUGCUUAAUUUUU